AUGUCGGGUGAGUAUACAGCCCUUCACCACCCGCUCUACAAAACACGUAUACAAACUGAUUUUGACAUCCCCUUCCUAACCGAAGACAACGACCCCGACUCCUCCAUGCUCUCCACCCCGUCCAAUGAAGACGAGCACGACUCAGAUCAAAAUCUUUACAACGAAGACGAAGAUCAAGACCUCUUCCCCUCCUCCGACCGACCCUCAACACCUAAGAACAAUCACCUCAAUGCAACCGCGCCAGGCGAACUGUCACCCCCACAAUCACAGUCUACUUCACAACGGGUAGCAACUGAGCCGGACGAGUCGGUAGAGAUGGGUGGAAUGGGUAAUGGCGACGGAGCGGGGGCUUUCGACAGUGUGAAUGUGAGCGUGAAUGGGACGGAUGGGGCUGGAGAGAUGAUGGGCGGGCAGCAGAAUGGCAACGACAAGCAGUAUGUGCCGGGUAGUGGAUGGAAGAAUAGGAAAGCACAGGAGGAUUACCAGCGGGCGGCGGAGACCUUGGUGGAUCGCGACUUUAGUUUGCGGGAGUUCGGGGACCUGUUUGAUGAUCGGGCGGUUGUGCAGCAGCAAGAACUACAGCAGGAGCAGCAGCCGGAGCAAAUACAGCAGCCAGAGCAAUUGCAGCAGCAGGCCGGUAAUGGCACAGGAGGAGAGGCAGCGAAACAGGAAUCAUAA